GCGCUCGGGCCUGGGCUUCGGCGCUCUGGGCGCGGGCUCCCCGCUCGGGGAAGCGAUUCCGGCCGCCGCCGCCGCCGCCGCAGGACCGGCCGGAGUCGGGCGGAAGCCGAGUUCCGCGGAGCAGGCCGGUGAGAGCGGGUGGCUGCCCCGGCGGCGCCCCCGCGGCCCGCCCCCGCCCGCUCCGGCCUCCGCGCCGCCGCCGCGAUGGGGGCAGCCCCGGGCCGCGCCCCCGCCCCGUCCCGCCCGCCGCGCCGCCGCUGAGCGCAUGGGCCUCGCCGCGCCGCGCCGCGCGGGGAGCCGGGCCCGGGGCCCCGCUGCCGCCGAGCUCGGGGCAGAGUGACGCGCUUUGUAGCUCGGAGUGCUGAUGUUCUAGUGUGCAGGCUCUUGGUCCAGUGACGCUCCGAGUGCCAAAAUGAAUAUCCAAGAGCAGGGCUUCCCCUUGGACCUGGGAGCCAGCUUCACUGAAGAUGCCCCUCGGCCUCCGGUGCCUGGUGAGGAGGGUGAGUUGGUGUCCACAGAUUCCAGGCCCGUCAGUCACAGCCUCUGCUCCGGGAAAGGGGCUGGAAACAGAGGGGAGACUUCCACAGCCACGCCCAGACGCUCGGAUCUGGACCUGGGCUAUGAGCCUGAGGGUAGCGCUUCGCCCACCCCCCCAUACCUGAAGUGGGCCGAGUCACUGCACUCGUUGCUGGAUGAUCAAGAUGGGAUCAACCUGUUUAGGACUUUCCUGAAGCAGGAAGGCUGUGCCGAUCUACUGGACUUCUGGUUUGCGUGCAGCGGCUUCAGGAAACUGGAGCCUUGUGUCUCCAAUGAGGAAAAGAGACUGAAACUUGCUAAAGCUAUUUACCGGAAGUACAUCCUUGAUAACAAUGGCAUCGUGUCCAGGCAAACCAAGCCAGCCACCAAGAGCUUCAUUAAAGACUGUGUCAUGAAGCAGCAGAUCGACCCUGCCAUGUUCGACCAGGCCCAGACGGAGAUCCAGUGCACUAUGGAGGAGAACACCUACCCCUCGUUCCUUAAAUCCGACAUUUAUUUGGAGUACACGAGGACAGGCUCUGAGAGCCCGAAGCUCUGUAGCGACCAGAGCUCCGGCUCUGGGACAGGGAAGGGCAUACCUGGCUACCUGCCCACGCUGAACGAAGAUGAGGAGUGGAAGUGUGACCAGGACCUCGAUGAAGACGACGGCAGAGACCCUGCUCCCCCUGGCAGGUUCACACAGAAGCUGCUGCUGGAGACGGCUGCUCCGCGCGCUGCCUCCAGCCGACGGUACAGCGAAGGCAGAGAGUUGAGGUACGGGUCCUGGCGGGAACCUGUCAACCCCUACUACGUCAACUCUGGCUACGCCCUCGCCCCGGCCACAAGUGCCAAUGACAGUGAGCAGCAGAGCCUGUCCAGUGAUGCCGACAGCCUGUCCCUCACCGACAGCAGCCUGGAUGGGAUCCCGCCAUACCGGACCCGCAAACAGCACCGCCGGGAGAUGCAAGAGAGUGUGCAGGCCAACGGGCGGGUGCCUCUACCUCACAUCCCUCGCACCCACCGAAUGCCAAAGGAGAUCCGCGUGGAGCCGCACAAGUUCGCUGCGGAACUCAUCCACCGCCUGGAGGCUGUGCAGCGCACACGGGAGGCUGAGGAAAAACUGGAAGAGCGGCUGAAACGAGUCCGGAUGGAGGAAGAAGGUGAGGACGGUGAUGGGCCGUCGGGGCUGGCAGGCCCUUCCCACAAGCUGCCCUCAGCCCCUGCCUGGCACCACUUCCCUCCCCGCUACAUAGAGGCGGGCUGUGGGGGUCUGCGGGAUGCGCACGAGGAGGACCCUGAGAGUAUCCUGGACGAGCACGUGCAGCGUGUGCUCAGGACGCCCGGCUGCCAGUCGCCAGGGCCUGGCCGCCACUCCCCCGACAGCCUGCACGUGCCUAAGAUACCAGGGGUACUGGGGGUGGCCGCCCCUGGGCACAGCAAGCACCUGCCCAAGUCUGGGGCCAAGCACAGCCACCACCACAGUCACCACAGCGCCACCAGACCCAAGGAACAAGCUGAGGGCGAGACCGCCCGCCGGGCACAGAGCAACUUCCCAUGGGGCCCAGAUCUGCACGGUGCUCACUCAGCCAAGACCCGCAGCCACGCCGAGAGCCUGGGCACAGCGCCUGGGGCCGGUGACAGUCUGGCCCACGGCGGAAAGGCUGGCCUGACCUCCAAGCGGAGCGGCAGAAAGGCUGAGUCGGGGCGGAGUGGCGGCGCGGAGGGCCCCGGCCCUGCUGAGGAGGUGGAGAGGAACCAGAAGAUCCUGCAGUGGAUCAUUGACGGAGAGAAGGAGAUCAGCAGACACAGGAAGACUGGCCACGGGUCUUCUGGGGCCAAAAAACAGCAGGUCCAUGAGAGCUCCAGGCCCUUGUCCAUCGAGCGUCCUGGGGCUGUGCAUCCCUGGGUCAGUGCUCAGCUCCGGAACUCGGUCCAACCCUCACAUCUCUUCAUUCAAGACCCCACGAUGCCGCCCAACCCAGCCCCCAACCCUCUGACCCAGCUUGAGGAGGCCCGCCGACGUCUGGAGGAAGAAGAGAAGAGAACCAGCAAACUGCCUUCAAAGCAGAGGACCAAGUCCCAGAGGAAGGGCGGUGGUGGCAGCCAGCCCUGUGACAGCAUUGUCGUGGCCUACUACUUCUGCGGGGAGCCCAUUCCCUACAGGACACUCGUACGGGGCCGUGCCGUCACCCUAGGCCAGUUCAAGGAGCUACUGACCAAGAAAGGCAGCUACCGAUACUACUUCAAGAAAGUGAGCGACGAGUUCGACUGUGGAGUGGUGUUUGAGGAGGUCCGGGAGGACGAGGCCAUCCUGCCCGUCUUUGAGGAGAAGAUCAUUGGCAAAGUGGACAAGCUGGACUGAUCACAGCCUUCACAGUGCCAUGUGCUGCCACGUAUAUGGCCGAUACCUUUCCUGGCGGGAGGCCUUGGGCUGCCUUUGGGCGCUCAUGUGUCCAGGUGGACAGGGUCCCUCCAGUGACCUCGCAUGCUCCUGCCCCCUGUUGGCAAGGAGGGAGCCUGCCCUUGCCUCCGGAGCAAUACUUGGGAAGCCCAUGAGGCCAACCCUAGCACUCAAGCCAGGCUCUGAGCCUCCUGGUCUCCUUGUGGUCUCGCCAGGACAGGCCCAGGGCCUCUGCUUGUCCACGUCACCGAGUGCCUUUGACAGUGUUGGUGCAGCUGCGCGGAUCCGGCCACGGCACCUGCUGGGCCAGCCUCUCCAGCCCCGGGCCCACAGCUUAGCGGGCCCAUGUAAAUAUGUACAUUUCUCAGGCCAGGGCCAGCAAGGGCUGCCCCAGGCCCGUUUUUCAUGCGCUGACUUGUACAAUUAUCUUUUCAAAGGUACUUGGAUAAUAAUAAAGCUUUUUUUGACCUUC